CUAACCCUAACCCUAACCCUAACCCUAACCCUAACCCUAACCCUAACCCUAACCCUAACCCUAACCCUAACCCUAACCCUAACCCUAACCCUAACCCUAACCCUAACCCUAACCCUAACCCUAACCCUAACCCUAACCCUAACCCUAACCCUAACCCUAACCCUAACCCUAACCCUAACCCUAACCCUAACCCUAACCCUAACCCUAACCCUAACCCUAACCCUAACCCUAACCCUAACCCUAACCCUAACCCUAACCCUAACCCUAACCCUAACCCUAACCCUAACCCUAACCCUAACCCUAACCCUAACCCUAACCCUAACCCUAACCCUAACCCUAACCCUAACCCUAACCCUAUCUCUUCUCUCCUCUCUCUUCUUUUCUCUCUUCCCACUCAUUUUAUCUUUUAUCUUUCUUUUCUCUUCUCUCCCUUUUCUCUCCUCUCUCUUACUUCCCUCUUCCUACCAUCUUCUCUUCUCUCCACCACCUCUUUCUCUUCUCCUUCUCUCCCUACACUCAACCCUUUCAUCAUUCAUUCUCUUAUUCCCUCUCUUCUCCCCUUCUCAUUCUCUUCCAUCCUCCUUCCUAUCUUUCUUCCUUCCUAUCUUCCCUCCUUCCUUUCUUUCCUCCUUCUUCCCCUCCCCUCCCCUUUUCCCCUAA